GUAAAGUGGGUCCAUGAAUAUUGAAUUGAACAGCUUGCCAGCUCCAGUUCCAAUUCCAGCUUUUAGCUACAACACUAUACGCCAACGAUAAUACCCCUUACAGCGCGCAGUCGCUACGUUGAGAAUAUAGAAAUCUCAACACUCAGACGAUAAAUAUGUCAUAGCAUGACAACGAACUUUGCGUUGCACUCCACCAUGACUGAUCUUACUCCCGUCUUCAAUGGCUUCCUCAAGCAACAUGAAGUUUCGAUCACGAGGCGAAGUUUUAGCUUAGAUACCCUGGAUGAUUUUCUGAAGGAGGCAUAUAGAAUAAAUUCCCACAUCACCUCGCUUCAUGCCGAUCUUAGGAAUAUCCGACAAUCCUAUCUUUCUACCGCGCAACCGCGAAAAACACUGAUCAGGUCGGCACAGAAAGACAAGCAGUCGCGGCCGCUCUCAGAGCGCGAGCGCGAAGAGAUCGAUGCUAAUGCGAAGAAAAUGCUGAGAGAGCUCAACGCGAGCAUACGCCGUCUCGCCGAUGUUGAGCAAGCACGAUCCGAAAUCGAGUCCAAAGUAAUACAAAAGAAAUUCUCCCGAGGCUUAGGCGCAUUAGGCGCAUGGGCGGCUGGUGGUAUGGCAAUAAGCAAAUCGCCUGAGCAUACUGCGGCAGAAGAACGCGCCAACUCGAUUAGCGCGCACCGGGAUAGUGUCUUAUGGCUUCUACGGCAUCGGCUUCAAGAAUGUGUCAAAACGCAGCAAGACAUGAUGGAGAUACGGCUUAUGAGAGAAAUAGAGAAGAAUAGAAGCGUGUUGGCUAAAUCGCGAAGGCAGUAUCCUAAUUUGGGCACGUUGGAAGAUAUACACGAGGGGGGAGUCUCUACGGACCCAAAAAGGAAAGCGACCCAGGCAACUCAGGCCCUACCCCCUGACGAGACACCCUCCCCUAAUCUGGCAGCGGAACUGACCGAGGAACAAAUACAAAUGUUCGAGAGGGAUAAUCAAGAUAUGCUCAAACAUUACGAGAGCACAUUAGACCAAGUCAGAACCGCGGAGAAGUCACUACUUGAAAUAUCGGAAUUGCAAACACAACUCAUAGAUACACUGACGACACAAUCUGCCGGCAUCGAGCAACUUGUGGCUGAUUCAGAGAAAACGACGGAGAAUAUUGGCGGAGGCAACAGACAGCUUAAGCAAGCGACGCGGAAGGCGAGCCCAGCCAAGUACACCUUCUUUGCAACGUGCGGAUUAUGCGCCUUUUUAAUCGUAUGGGAUUUGGUUAUAUGAUAGGGCGAUGUAUUAUUUCUCCAGGUAGUUAGAGGGUAUCACGGUAUGGUGAUGUGUAGAAAAGUGUAUCAGGCAUGCAAUUUUGCAUGUGAAGACAUUGAGGUCGUGUAUAGUAACCGACAGUACCCGUCACAUGUCAAGCCACUUCUGGUUUAUGCACAUUGAUACUAUAUACAUACGUAAUUCGUAGUGUACAUAUAUGUAAAUUUCAUUGUUGGUUAGAAU